AAUAAACUCAAGUUAACACACAAAGAAAUCCUUAACUUAAGAACAUACGUUAAGGAUUUCUUUGGGGAGCAUCCCAGAUGCGCAUAGAUCGAAACGGACACCAAUCAGAACUAACUGAGUUAGUUAGAAUUAGGAUAAAUUAUAGAAUUUGAUUAGUGGUCUCCGUUUCCAUCUGUGCGCAUCUGGGACUCACUCUUUCUUUGUACGUUGAUUUAAGUUAAAUUUUCAAUAUGAGCUUAGGUUUAUAUAGAGUAUUCAACGUAACGUAACGCUUUAUGGAAAAGCUUGUGUGGUGGCCCUUAGUUUUGUAUACUUAUAUAUAUUUGAAUUAGUAAUGUCAAAUUACAACUGUAUUAACUGUAAACAUCAACUAAUUACACAUAUAUACAUUUGUAGAUGAAUCAAGAAUGUGAUCAUGAACAAAAUGAUGUUAUUAUCCAAGAACAUUCUUUCCAAGAAUCUUUCGAAAAAGAAAACAUGAAUCACCAUUAUUCUGGACUUAACAAUGAAAAUAAUAAGUCUAAAGAAGAUGAAAAUGAACAAGAUUAUCAAUCUGAAAAUGAAUCUGAAAAUAAUGAUUGUUUUGAUAAUAAAAAUGACAAUAAUGAAAUUUAUUAUUUUGACGAUAAUGGAGAGCUUUAUGAAGAUGAUAAUAGUUCUGAUAGUGAAGAAAGUGAGAACCAUGAUGAAUAUCAAGAAUACUCACAAGAACCUACACGAUUGUCUAUAUAUGAAGGAUGUGAUUUAAGUAAAGAAGAAAGUCAAUUGAUGAUAAUGAGUAUGGCAAUUCAAAACAAAUUGACUGAUUCUGCAUUACAAGCUUUACUUCAAAUUAUUGAUUCUCAUUUGCCUUAUAGGGUAUAUUCCUCAAAGUAUCAUUUUCUACAAUUUUUUCCAAAGGUAGUUUUCUGUAAAUAUUAUUUUUGUCCAACGUGCUUUAUUAUAUUGACAUUUCAUUGUGAUACUAUUACUGAAUGUAAUAACUGUCGAAAACGUUAUGAACAAAACCAAUUACAAAGAAAUUUUAACUAUUUUUAUCAUUUUUCAUUGAAGUCGCAGUUGAUCGAGUUAUUAAAAACUAAAUUAUUUACACAAUUUAGAAAAAAUAGUCUCAUUGAAAGUGAUAUUGUAGAUGGAAAACUUUAUCGUAAGUUAAAAGAACAAAAAGUUAUAUGUGAUCAAGAGGCACGGUAGUGCCUCGCGCCAAGUGUAUGCGCAGCGAGGCACCACCGUGCUUCUUUUACGCGAGACGUCGUUUGCGAGAAGACCGUAGUUAUCGGAUCUCAAUAACGACUUAAUUGAUUGAUUUCUAAAUAGGCUUAAUGGAUAGCUUACAUCCGAUUUAUAUAAUAAAAGUGUUUUUAUUUUUUCGCUAUAUGACUUACGAGCGGA